AUGAACAAAAUUGAAGUCAUGGCGUCCAUACAUAUUUUCGUUGGUGCAUCGAUACUUCUCGUGGCAGUUUGUAAAAGAAGUGUAUCCUCGGAGAUAUCCAGCUUAACGAUCGAACCAAGAUCGCCUAUUUGUCUAAAAAAAGGAGAAAACAUUCCAAUUACAAUUAUGUUACAUUCUAAUUUAUCCAGCGUCAAUUUUACGAGAACCUUCUCAAACCUCUCAUUGCUAUGGUACCGCAAUGGAAUACAGUUACCAAACGCUACCAUUAUCCACUAUACCAAUAACAGUAUCGUUUCGAGGUUUGUAGCGAAGUACCCUGGUUUGUUUACCUGUGUUCUGAUAGGCCCUACCGCUUCUCAGAACCUUGCAAAUCGUUCUGUAUCCGUAGGAAUGCGCCCUAACCCUGUGGCUAAUCUUGUUGCAACGCCCAAAUUUAUUAGCGAUGAGGACACGUUUCGGUACGUUGUGGUCUCAUGGUUGAGACAAAGUAUUGAAUAUGUGUAUAGGGUGUUCUUUAAAAUAGAUUUGCUUGGUUGUUUUUCCUUCCCUUGCGUGGAAGACAACAUUGAGCCUACGUGUAUUGCGACAAAAUGCACAGCACGUAUUGAUACAGAGGGUCAUGAUUUGAGUGACCUCGCGUUUUAUAUUGUGACUCGACAAGGAGCGUGUGAAUCCAGAAGCAGAGUCUGGAAUUUUAACCUAACACUAUCUUCAUGUGACGUUUUACCACCUAAAACAUUAUUCUACGUCCCUUAUCCGCCAACUAAGCUAACAAUAGAGACUUCAUACCGCAGUGUCAUCUUGAGAUGGCAAGAUAUCGUAUCUUGGUCACUACCGUCCGUAUCGCUGACCUACACCUGCUCAAAAAGCUCGUAUACAAUCAAAUCCAAAAAAGUAGACAUACGAGUUAUUUUCCUAUCGGAUAAACAUAUCCGGGGUUACGCACCCUACGGGAAAUGUACCUUCUGCUUGUCGAUACAAGAAUACCAUUGUGGGCAGUUUUCCGAAAAAUUGUGUAAAACUACGAGACUUCGCGAAGAACCGCCGAGCGAAGCUCCGAAUAUUACGUGCACUACCGACACUUGUCCGACCAGCUACGAUGACCAGUUUCGGAACCUCACAGUCACGUGGGAAUUGCCGGCGGAGAAGUACUGGGGAGGAGUUUUACGAGAAAUCAAAUUGCGUUACACGGCGGCAGAAUCAAAUUCUACAUGGCAGGAGAUUGUCCUGACUAAUUUGAGCUCAAAAAGUGUUGCCAUCAUUGGCCUGAAUAAAACAUUACAUUAUAGUGUUUAUUUACAAGCAUGUAACACAGAGGGAUGUAGUGGUAAUAGCAAACAGCUUCAAAUAUAUGGUAUUAGAGCUAGACCAUUAUAUUCGAUAUAUAGCAGUAGUAAUUAUAAUACUGUUUGGUAUUCUAUUGGUGGUGCGAUGGGUUUUAUUAUUGUGAUGGUAGUUUGUAUAAUUAUGAUUCCAAAGUUAUUCUUUAAGCAACGCACAGAGUUAGAGCCGCUUUCUGAAACUGACAUUCCUAACUAUGAUGAAGCUGAUGAUAAGAUAGUGUACGAUCACAUUGAUGACGAACAAUGCGAGCAAUUGUAUGACGAGGGUGAUCCCCGUGGCGACGAGACUCCGCCUGUAAAUGGACAGAGUUAGUAGCGCGGACACGUGGAAUAUGUAUAUAGUAGUAAUAGACUUUGCAACCGAGGGGCAAAUCACCGACUUAAAUCACGUACAUCCGCAGAAAAAUCACAAAAAAAUCAAAAAUAAAAAAAAUCACAAAAAUAAAAAAAUCAAGUUCCGAGGUUAGUUCUACUUUACCCCUUCGUUUGUUCUGUCAAAAGUGGUAGCUAAAAGAGAAAAUUACCAUGGCAAAAAGUGCUAAAAGAGCAAAGAGUCAGAGAAAAACACACAAAAAAAACAAAAAUUUGAAGAAAUAAGUACUAUUUGAAAAAAAUUAUAAAAGAGAUGGGGGAAAAAGGUUUUGAAAAAAUUUUAAAAAUCCAUGAAAAAUCACAAAAAAAAAUCGCAAGGUCUUUUGAUGUCGUACACUUUUUAGGAGUGAUUUGCCCCUCGCUUUGCACAACACUUAAUCAAUAAUGCCCUCUAGUCCCAUUUGUACAUUAUUUAUUAGUUCAUUUUUUAGAUAAUAUAGUUUUCAAUCAGGGUUUGGUUGUACGAAAGCCAGACAAC